UUCUUUUUCUCUCGCCUUCCUCCAUGCGUUGCUUAGGCGGCGGCGGCGGCGGCGGCGGCAGAUCCAGAAGAGCAGGGCACCCGCCGCCACCGGCUUCCUCAUCUGCUCCAGUCCCAGCACCUUCAGGCUCCGGUGAGGAGAAUGAAGAAUGUGACGGGUUCGAUAGGAUCAAUGGAGAGAACAGGCAGCGGCGUAGAGAUCUCAGCCGGCUCUCGGAGUGCUGUCUCCCGACGACAUCAGCAGCAGCGUCUUCAGCCGCCUCACCCACCAUCAACCUCAGCGGAGAGUACAUGCUCGCCGUCAACACGAGUUCCUAUAAGGAGAUAUGGUACAAGAUCCAUCGCCACCGUUCCGAGGGGGGAGAAGGGGAUUCGGAGGAGGUAGAGGCUAGUGACUCGGCGGAGACGCCCUCGUCGGCCGGCUUGAUCUCGCGCGUCCUCGAUCCAGACCGAGCCUCCGUCGAGGAAACACUUCGUGGCGUGACACCCGAUCACCUCACCCGACUCGUUGAUGACUACUUCCAGAGCAGCGAGCAUUCGUCUCGCUACUGCAUCUCCCUCCGCCGAGCUGUCGGCCGCGCUUACUCCCUCUAUGCCCCAAUCGAAGAGCUGAUCGAUCUGAUUUCCUCCGCCGAUAGCCGUCGCGCCCGCCUGACGGACGCCCAGUGCGACCGGGCCUUCGACAUUCUCCUUCAAUUCGACCGUCUUGGAAACCCUUUUCCGCCCCCUUCCGGCGAUACACGCAGCUUCCAGCUCAUGCGGGGCCGCUUCGCAGAUCUGAAGAAGCAGCUUGAACUCCGCCUCCUGAAGGCCCGCCAGAGGCGCCGGCUACUGCGCCGCUCCGCCCAAGCAUCCGGCGCCUGCUUAAUCAUCUCCACAGUCAGCCUCGCCGUCACCGGAGUGUUCCUGGCAACCCACGCAUUGGUCGUGCUCAUGGCCGGGCCCUCCUUCCUCCUCGGCGGUUGCCUCCCGACGAGGGAUUCGCCGGCGAGACCGAGACGGAGGACACGGCGCGACAUGGCCCAGUUGGACGCUGCCUCGAGGGGGGCUUACGCGCUGAACACCGACCUAGAUACGAUUGAACGCCUGGUGGCGAGACUGCACGCGAACGUGGAGAGUGACCGCGAGCUGGUGCGGCUGGGGCUGGAGAGUGGUGGGAGGGAUCAGCAGCAACAUCUAAUCGUGGAGGUAGCACGUCAGCUCCGCAGAAACCUUUACACCUUCCUCCGCCAACUCGAGGACCUGGAAGAGCACAUUUGCCUCUUCUUAGCGGCUGUUAACCGUGCCAGGUCGCUCCUUCUCAGGCAGAUCCAGCAACGGCGACCGCCUCCUUAAACUAAUCUCUGCAGCAUUCCUUUUUCUUGAUUUUGAGCAAAUUCGCAGGAUCUGAGGUGAGCUCAUUGAACCCUUUUUUUUUUAAUUAAAUCAGUGGAACGAACUCCAUUGUCCAUCGAACACAAUCGACUAAUGGAAAUAGAUUGAAACAAUGCAGCAGUCAUGUUGCUGAUUCUGCCAUGGCUCCUUUUGUGCCUGGCUAGCUUCGACUGUGAUGUUAUCUCUUUUCUUAUGUUUGUUUGCAGAUGUAGAACUUUGAAUGCCUGCUUCUAUAUGCAUUGGUAGUCUUGUAAGUCCAGAAAUGGGA